GGCGGCGGCCGCGACUCGCGGCCCAUGGACGCCCCGCUGCCGCAGGAGUCGCCGCGCCGCGACACCGACGCUCCGCCGAACCCGCCGCCGCCGUCCCCGCUGCCGCCGCCGCUUCACCCGGCGCCAGGGAAACAACGGGAGGAGAAGAAAACGGCGCUGAGCAAAGUGGUUAUUCGAAGGCUUCCUCCUUGUCUAACCAAGGAGCAACUGGAGGAACAGCUGCAUCCUCUACCUGCCCAUGAUUAUUUUGAGUUUUGCACUGCUGAUCCCAGCCUUUAUCCUCAUCUCUACUCAAGAGCAUACAUUAACUUUAGAAAUCCUGAGGACAUCCUUCUUUUUAGAGAUCGCUUUGAUGGCUAUGUCUUCAUUGAUAAUAAAGGUUUGGAAUAUCCUGCAGUGGUUGAGUUUGCUCCAUUCCAGAAGAUUUCAAAAAAGAAGCUGAAGAAGAAAGAUGCCAAAGCUGGGAGCAUUGAAGAUGAUCCAGAAUAUAGGAAAUUUUUAGAGAAUUAUUGUGCUGAUGAAGACAAGAUCUGUGCUAAUCCUGAGAUUCUUUUGGGAGAGAUUGAGGCCAAAACAAGGGAACUCAUUGCUAGAAGAACAACACCCCUUUUGGAAUAUAUUAAAAAUAGAAAAUUAGAAAAGCAGAGAAUACGAGAAGAGAAAAGAGAAGAACGAAGGCGGAGAGAAUUGGAGAAGAAACGUUUGCGGGAGGAAGAGAAAAGGAAGCGCAGAGAAGAGGAAAGACGUAAAAGAAAAGAAGUGGAGAAGCAAAAGAAGAUUUCUGAAAAAGAAAUAAGGAUCAAGCUUCUCAAGAAGCCUGAAAAAGGAGAUGAACUGGCCAUUGAAAAGCACAAAGAAAAAGGGGAAGAAGCUGACAUUGAGGAAAACAAAUGGGAUAAAUCACCUGGAUCUGGCAGUAUAAAAUCAAAAUCUUUGGAGAGUUCACUAAAAGAACUUAAAGAAAAGUCACAAAAUGAUAGUGACAAAGAGCAAAGAGAUUUGGAGAGAAGAUUUCGAGAAAAAGAACCUGAAAGACAAAGGAUCGUCCAGCCAUGCAGUUGUACCAGCCAGGAGCUCGCAUCCGAACACAUAUGGGACCUACAAGUAAAUCCUAUGACUGCAGUGGGAAAUCCUUUGAAGAUGCUCUUGAUAAAAAGUAUGAGGUGGAUAAUUCAGCUGGAGCUAGUUCUGAAAAGACUGAAGAAGCAGAAUAAAACAGUCUGGGGGAAAAGUCUUGUGGAAAGGAAUGAAUUUAAGAUUCAGCAUCAUCACAAAAAUCCAUUAGGCUGUUUCAGAAUUCCACAGGCAAUUGCAUCAACAAAAUAAUAAUAGCUCUGCCUCUUACUUUCUGUAAAAUAAAGGGAAGAGUGACUGGAGAUAUGUAAAAUAUAUUACAGCAAAGGAAUAUUGUUGCUUUUUUACAAAAAGCAGCUCAAGCACUCUUUGCCUAAUUUAAAAGCAGUUCAAAUAUUUUAUUAGAUUUACUUUGAAAUAGAUGACCAUCUAACAAUUUUAAGGGAAUAUUUAUGUAAGACUUUAGAGAAGCUAUGUCAUCUUCUUGAGUCUAAAGAAAUUAAAUGUAAAUUUGCAUCAGUUUGAAAUCUGAGGCAUUUUACAUGUAUUUGGUGCGUGACAUGAGGGUCCACAGGACCCCUUCCUGCAAAUGGCAGGGGUGGGGGCUGCUGCAGGGUGUUGCAGACAAUUCAGUGGGACCAGCCCUGAGACGAAGCUCUGGAGCCAGUGGUGUUUGCAGGAUGAGGCCCACAGUUUGCACAGUUGUGAGGAAUGUCCAGUGGUGUCUGUACCUCCUGGUGUUUACAUUGGUUUUCAAUUAACUGUAGUGUCAGAUAAGUGUUAGUAAAGCUCCAACUAUGUUGUUGGAGAAUUUGUCAUUUUCUGAGCCACUUUUGCCUUUUAUGUUUUAAUAGAUUCCUUGUGCUUAAAACAGAAGACAGCUAAUGCAAACAUCAGCACAUUAACAAUAAAUCUGUUUUUAAUUAAUUAGCUGGUUUUUAUCGUUCUGAUGCUGACUUUUGGACAAAAGUGUGGUUGUACAGUGAUGACUUUUUAUAUGCUAAUGUUUCAUGUAAGUGGCAGUAACAGGAUUUGGAAAAUGUAAAAUACAUGAGCAUUCUUCAGUUUUGUUUGUUAAAAAAUUAAACACACAUGAAUGUCACUUGCAAACUACCAUUUUGUAAGAUCCAGGCCAAAUUCUGCCCUCUAAGGCAGGCACAUAUACAUGCGUGGGUGUGGGUGUGGGUGUUUGUGUCUUCUGCUGGUUUCAAUGAUAGAUGUGUGUUUAUGAAAGGGCGAGAUAUGUUCUUUUAUCUUUCAUGGCUGAAAAUUUCUCAGUUGUCUAAAACUGAGACCUGAUUUGUUGUUGAAGUUAAAUAGUAAGAUAUUAUUUUUACAUCCUCUCUGAACAUUUUAUUAUUAAGCAUAACAUCUAAUUGUCCUAGACUGAAAAUUAUUUAUUGUAUUUUACCAGAUAUUAAGCAUUAAAUAGAAUAAAAGCAAAAAAAGAUUUUGACUAUG